AUGAAUUUUGAAGAGAAUACCAAUAAAUCUGGUCGUCAAGCUAUCCAUAAAAAUGUUUCAGUCAGAAAGCUGAAAACAAAGACAAGUGAAAAAAAUGUUAUGUGGACAAAUGUUACUCUUCAUAUUAUUCUAUUUCUUAUGGCAAUAACAGCUGGUUAUUUGCAUUGUUUUCAUGUUUCAAAUUUACAUGAAAAUGACCUGUUUUUCUCACAUUUAUCCAAUUUGGAGCGUGAGCUGACAUUUAGGACUGAAAUGGGAUUUUACUACUCCUACUUUAAACAAAUCGUUUUAGCACCAACUUUUGUGGAAGGAUUCAACUCAUUGCUUACUGAUACUAGGACUGAAUAUCCGCCUUGCUUAAGCCUAGUAAAUGAUACAGAUACUCCAAAGAAUAAUCAAUGUGCAAAUCUUAAUGCUAUUGAACGAUUUAAUCUGUAUCCUGAAUUGUUGCUAGCUGGUGCUUACAGAUUCUUACACACAUUCGAUUUGAUCAAACAUUACUGUUUUCAAGUUAAAAGAGAUCCACCGACUAAUCCAAUCGCGAUCGCUAUAAAUCCAAAUAUAAUGGCAAAUUUAUCACAACUUAGAAAGCUAGAUGCAAUACAGUCGAAUCAAUUGAAGAUCAAUAGUAACUCGAUAAUAAGUUGUGAUGGAUCUGGCGAACCUCCAUAUUUUUAUGUAAAUUCAGUAUUCAUUUUGUCAGGUCUGGUACUUUUCGGUUUAACUUACUCUGGUUGGUUUGUUGCUAAAAUUGGGAGUUCAAAUCAAUCUAAAAUGGAUCAUAUACUACAUCUUAUCGGUGGAUUUCUUCCAAUUUUAGCAUAUUUCUCUAAUCACAGAGAAGCUACACGUGUUCAAUGGACUCCACCAUUGAGAGAAAGCUUUGCUUAUCCAUUCUUUAUACUUCAACAGUCUUUUUUAUUAGGUUAUCUUGGAUCAAAUCAAAUGUUACGAUCAUAUCGAGGGAAAAGUUUCAUUUGUUUACCAAUAUACUGUAUACUGCUAUUGAGUUGUCAAAUUUCAUGGCAAUUUUCCCAAUUCGCUUUACUUACUCAAAUAAUAUCGAUUAUUUGUGCCUUUUGUUUAUCACUAUCAUCAAAUACCCCUUAUUCUCUUAGUUCAAACCAACAAAAAUCAGUUAUUCUAAGCCUUUUAUUCAAAAUGAAACAAAUAAUAUGGAUUCAUUUAAUUGUAUUCAAUUUAUCAUUUAUAUUACAAUUUGGCAAUCGUUUACUUCUACAAUCUGGUUAUAUGUUUAUUCUACUAAGUAGUUUAUUAAGUGUAUAUAUACUUCAACAACUAUUAAAUACCUAUAAUCCAAUGACAAUUAAAAAGAAAGAAGUAUCUACUCGAUCAUCAAUGAUGAAUAUUACAUUUAUACGUUUUCUAUGCUUACCUUUAUUAAUUGUUUGUCUAUGUACAAUCGGAUUAAGUUUACUGUUCUCAGUUUUCUCAAAAUACGCUUUCAAUAAUAAUUAUGAUUUAAACAGAAAUAAUAAUAAUAACAAUGACGGUGGCCAUAUAUGGGAUUUAUUGAAGCAUAAAUUAACCAUAUUAUUUGGUAUUACAACUUAUAAAACAUUUCAUACAAUGUUGUAUAUAUGUGCACCAGAGUUUGAUUUUAUCAAUUGGGCCACUUUAAAACAACCUCUUGAAACUGGUCUUAUAUACGGUUCCAUUCUAGUCUGCUUCAUCGUUUCUUUUAAAUUAUUCAAGAACUUGUUCAGUUCUCAUCGUCACCAUCAUCUUUCAGUAACUGUAAAUAACCAGUUGUUUAACAAUGAUAAUUCGUCAAGCUGUGAAUAUUCAUUUCAAAUAUUGAGAGAUUUUAUUUCACUAUUAGUUAUCAUUCAAUUGGCGAUUUUUACGAUUAUGGCUAUGUUAAUUAUGAGACUCAAACUGUUCUGGACACCUCAAAUGUGUUUAUCACUCGCUAUAUUGGCUCAGCCUACACGAUGGUUUGAAAUGUUUCAUGCAUUGAAAAGCAUUAGUGGCCGUAUAUUUCGUACAUCAUUGAAUAGCGCCUGUGAACCUGAAAAAAAGACAAAACGUCUAUUUUGGUUUCAUCAUGUUAUUUAUACAACAAUACUAGUGUUGUUCAUAGCGUUUAUGGCUAGACGUGGUUUGGAGAAUUUAAAAUCUGAAUGGAGUAUACAAGGUUCAUUCAGUGCGUAUGAAAGUGAAAUAUUAAUUGAUUGGUUCCGAAGUUUACCGCAAAAACGUGAAGAUUCCGCUUCAUCGUCAUCAUCCUUAUCAUGGAUUAUAUCUGGACCAAUGUCUUUGUUGGGCAAUCUACGUUUAACAUUACCAGCCUCUGCUCCUUAUCCAUCUACUCAAAUUGUUUCAUUGAAUGAGUCUGGAUUUGCUUUUACAAAUCAUCCACAUUAUGAAAAUACAAUACUUCGUUAUAGAACUAUUUUAGCUUAUGGGAUUUAUAGUCGUAAACCUGUUCAUGAUGUAUGGCAUACAUAUCGUCAUAUUUUAAAGGCUGAUUUUGUGAUAGUAGAAACUCAUACAUGUCCGUCUAGAGGUGGAUGCAGUAAACCGGAACUUUUUGAUUUACUUGAUACAAAUCUUGCUGGACGCCCAGCAUUAUGUGAAUCACUAAUGAAUAUACAAGUUUUACAAGCUGGUAGAACUCCGAGUACUUUGGAACCAUAUUUUACAGUUGUUUAUGUUGAGCUGUACACAGGCAGAGUUGUACUAUAUGUGAAUAAAUUGACGUAAUAUAUAAUGGAAACAAGUGGGCUGCUUAUAGCUUUAAAGAUUAUGUACAGUGUCACCAUAAAUGCAUGUUACCCAGAUGCUCAAUCAUACGUAAUUACAAUGUAAAUCUCUUUGUAAACACAAACUACCAGUCAUUUCAUUUUUAAAAUGUUAUUAAAUCUAAUAUUAUCAAAAGUUAUGCAUAACAUUUAAAUAAACGUUAUUGAAUCGUUGUUG